AUGACCCUGCAAAGGAAGAAGUCACAGUGGAGGCCUGGACUGCUCCUGUGCUGGUUUCUUCUCUGUAUCUCCCUGCAGACACACUCCCUCCACCCGGUGUCAGCCGUCAACCUGAAGCGCUUCAUUGGCUGCGCCGUCAGAGAGUUCACCUUCCUGGCCAAGAAGCCUGGCUGCGGGGGGCUGCACAUCACCACCGACGCCUGCUGGGGGCGCUGUGAGACCUGGGAGAAGCCUGUCCUGGACCCUCCGUACAUUGAGUCCUACCAGCGAGUUUGUACCUACAACGAGACCCGUCUUGUUACCGUGAAACUGCCUAACUGCCAACCAAACGUUGACUCGACGUACACCUACCCCGUGGCCCUGAGGUGUGACUGUGGUGUGUGUCUGACCAGCACCACUGAAUGCAUAACAUCUGUCUAA